ACAUACAGAGGCAGUCGCCGAAGCUCUAAAUAAUGUCCAGACCUUUUGACUUCGUCCAGAAACUGUAACUGUAAGAAAUCAAAUCAGGAAAAAUAGACUCACCCAAAAUAAAAAUUCCCAAAAGAUGGAGAAUAGAUGGGGAAAGAUGCGGGCUUUGAUGGGUUUGCUUCUUUUGAAUUGGCUGAUUAACGUUUCCUCCCUCUCGGUGACCGUAAACGACGUCGAAUGCGUGUACGAAUACGUGCUUUACGAAGGAGACUCGGUUUCAGGCAACUUUGUCGUCGUCGACCACGAUAUUUUCUGGGGCUCCGAUCACCCGGGCAUUGAUUUCACUGUGACGUCUCCUGGGGGUAAUACAGUUCACAAUUUGAAGGGAACUUCUGGGGACAAGUUUGAAUUCAAGGCUCCAAGAAGUGGAAUGUACAAAUUUUGCUUUCAAAAUCCCUACUCUACACCAGAGACCGUUUCUUUCUAUAUACAUGUUGGCCAUAUUCCCACCGAGCAUGAUCUUGCCAAAGAUGAACAUUUGGACCCAAUUAAUGUUAAAAUUGCUGAGCUGAGAGAAGCUUUGGAGUCUGUUACAGCAGAACAAAAGUACUUGAAAGCACGGGAUGCGCGGCAUCGUCAUACAAAUGAGAGCACAAGAAAGCGUGUUAUAGGUUACACGGUUGGAGAGUACAUUCUGCUAGCUCUUGUUAGUGCACUUCAAGUUAUUUAUAUCCGCCGCCUCUUCAGCAAAUCAGUUGCAUACAACCGAGUUUGAGCCACCUGAUCAUUAAUUUUAGUUCUCUUGUUUCAUUAACCAGAGAGGAACACAGGGAGAAUCAUAUAGAUGAGUUCAGAAAAAUGCAAAUCUAGCAAUGAAACAAUUUGGCGUUUUAUGUUAUUCAAGUCUUGUAUUUCAAUUAAUAUGUAGCUUUAUAACAUAAAUGCUUUAGACUAACUUUUAUCUGUUCGAUCUAUCAAAAAACUUCAGUUUGAACUA